AUGACAGCUUUUUACAGCAUGUGUCAGUUGUUUGCACAUAUAAUUCUUGGAAAUGCACUUACUAAAUAUGCUGUCCAGGCUCAUGCACAGUUAGUUCGAGAAGUUGAUGUAGAGAAGGUGUCAACUUUUGAGAACCCCUAUGUAGAUGCAAUAAGAAGCCUAUGGAAUGACCCUGGAAUUCAGGAGUGUUAUGAUAGAAGACGGGAGUAUCAAUUAUCAGAUUCCACUAAAUACUAUCUUAAUGACUUGGACCGCAUAGCAGAUGCCACCUAUCUGCCAACUCAGCAAGAUGUGCUCAGAGUUCGAGUCCCAACAACGGGGAUCAUUGAAUACCCAUUCGACUUACAAAGCGUCAUUUUCAGAAUGGUGGAUGUAGGAGGCCAGCGAUCAGAAAGAAGAAAAUGGAUACAUUGCUUUGAAAACGUCACAUCUAUCAUGUUCCUAGUAGCUCUUAGUGAAUAUGAUCAAGUGCUUGUGGAAUCAGACAAUGAGGGUGUGACAAGCUCAGUAGGGAAGACAGUAAUUGCACUUGGACACUUUGGUAAUCAGCGAAGAGAUACUUUUUCACACAUAGCUUUACAUCGUGAAACA